UAAAGUAAACACAUGGACGAUAAUCUCAUUCCAGAACCAGGAGAGAGUCCUGGUACAUAUAAACAAAUGGACUAUGAAACCCUAAAUAACAGAAGACGUAAAAACAGUGAAAGCGACAGCGAAACAAACCCACCCUACAAGCAACACCGAAACGAAGAAGCCGGCAGGAACUUCACAAUUCCAAAUAGAAAUGAAUAACAACACUGAACCCGACAACCAAGUGCUGAUCAACCAACAAUAAAGAAGUAUUAUAUCUUGAGACACACAAAAAUCUUCCUACAAAGAACAAGAAUAAUAGACAAUCUGAAAACAGAGAAGAACCAUAAAGAAAAAUCCAGGGAAUAUAGGCUGCUAUAUAGUCUAAAACCCUAUAAAAGAAGAAAGAAAGAAAGAAAGAUUUGACAGCGCUGUGAAACGCCAAUCCAUGAUAAAUGCAGAAGUUGAAGCAACAUCCUCACACAAGAUGAGCACUGACUUAGAAGACCUUUCCAAGGACCCAAAUAAUUGUGCUAACAUGAAACAGGAGAUCAGCCACCGCACGAAAAGGCUGGCAGAUGAGGAGGAAGGUCAUUCUCUAAAAGUGAGCAAGGUUGAAGACAGUGGGGCAUCUGAAAUCUAUAGAUUCGUAAAAAAGCUUCUGAUGACCAAAUCCCCAGACAUGGCAGAUGAUUGGAAGAGGUUGAGUGAAAUGAAGGAGAAAUAUGGGGCAUCUUUUGCAAGGAAAAUAGAGGGUGUCUUUAAUGACACAGUGGAAUCAAAGAGCUUGAUGGAUCACUUCAAAAAAAACAAGGAGGCAGAAAACAUUCCAUUAGAAAUCUACGUAAAUGUACUAAGACAGGCGUAUUGGCCCAGCCACUUGACAGAGCUCCACUUGCCUUCAAGUAUGGUGAUAACACAGCAACUUUUUGC